UUUAAGACGAUCGAUGCCAAAGUUUGCAUAUAUGGCAGUAUAAAUAAAUGCAUAAGUAAUAAUUAUCAAUCUUGUUCUAUCGAGGAAACUAUAAAUUUAACAACAGGAAUGAAGAUUCUAUUGAUCGACACACAUCGCUUACAAUCAGACAAAUACAGCAUAUAUCUGCAAAUGCUAGAGUUAAAAUAUUUCCGUCCUAGCUAUUUCAAUUCAAUUUUAAAUGAUUUAGAGAAAAUAGCAACAAGAAUAUUUAAUGAUCUUUAUAAUAUUAAUAAUAAUAUAAAAGAUCCUGAUGAUGCUUAUAGCGACUUACAAAGAGACAUUAAGAGAAAUCAACAAAUGUUAAGCAGAUAUGACUUGUCGUAUUUUGAAUUUGAUAUUAUUACCUGCCUUGGAGGUGGAUUCAAUUUGUCAGGAAAGCUUACAGGUUUUGGAGGCAGAUAUGUAUACUUUCUGUUACCACCAAGAAUAACACAGGAAGAAAUCAAACGUAUUACCAAUUUUUUUUCGUAUAGAAGAUGCAGUUACAAAAUUGCUACAAUAGGCUGUGACGGAUUGAGAAUUAAUUAAUCCUACUAAAAUUAUAACAAUUACAUAUAAAUAAUUAAUUAUUAUUAAAUUGAUAGAAUACAAAAAAGAUAAAGCAAAAUUACUAACUUGAUAUUUGUGAAAUUUAAAAAAAAAUUACGGUUUCUUAAUAAUGUCGCAUUGAAUUAUGAAAUAAAAAGUGGGAAAACUUAGAAUUGAA